AUGACCGGAUUUUGGCUUAGCCUCGCAGACUUCGUCUGUAUGGAGAUACAAGGAUUCCCGUUUACUUAUAAAGAUUAUACUACUGUAUCGGAAGAUGAGAGAAAAGAAUCGACUACCUCUGCGAGUCAAACAGUUAAUCGAUCAUCUCCUCAUACGGAUGCAUUUGAGGAAACGAUUGUGGAUCCUUUACACUCAAUACCACAGAACUCUUUGAAGCACGUGUUGAAGCUGCCGAAAUAUUUUGAACAAAUUAUGUGGUAUUCUUUCAGCGUAUGCGUAGAUGCGUUAUUGUUCGAAUUAACCUUAAUGCCCAUCCAGGCUGUUGGAACGAUUAUGUACGUCGGUCAAAAGUGGAUGAUGUGGCUAAAAACCUUCUACAAAAAAAAUUUUACCGGCUUAUAUGUACGUGGAUCAGGUAAUGUAGUUCUUCUGCACAGCAAUUUUGGAACUAAUUGUGAUUGCGUUGGAGAUUCUGACGAGCCCUUCACCACAUGCCACUAUCACCCAAAAAGAUGGAAUCUAAAAGGUGGCUUUGAAGAUUUCUGUGGCAUAAAAUGUGCUAAGACAGCAGACUCUACGGUUAAAAAUUACGUGGGAACCAAGACAAUAAUGACUGUGGAUGCAACAGAAAAGCUGGCAUCUGACCAAAUACAACCACACGAAGCAGAAAUGCACGUGCUCCUAGGAAAUGAUCAUCCCCGUAUUGGUCAUGAAAGAUUGCAUGCCCAUUCUAAAAAUCGAAAGCCGGUAACAUCGCUGUUAUCUAAACCAAAAGGGGUCAAUAAUGUCGAUUUGCUGGAUGGUCUGAGUCACGAGGAUGCGUUUCUCAUUAAUCCUAACGAAGCGUGUGGUGCGGCGCGAUUCAUGGCACUCGUGCUGGCUGUUAUUAUUAUUUCGCGCAUAGAUACCUCUCGAGUAUAUCACAAUAUACGUGGGCAGCCUUUUUUUAAGCUUUACGUAAUAUUCAACAUGCUGGAAAUAUGCGAACGGCUCUGCAGGUCAUUCGGUAGGGAUUGCACUGAUACUCUUCUGCGAGCUGCCAUGAAAAUGUACAAAUCAAGUUCACGCUUCAAUUUGCGUAUGGCAUUAAUGUUGAAUUCGCGACAGUUGCAAGAAAAAGCUGAUAAUGUCGAACAAAGUGCGAAUCGGCGCAGUUGGGAGAGCACGGUUACCGUAAAUGAAUCUGCCUCUUUUGGAAGGCAAAGUGGCAUACCAAAUAACGACGAGUCUGAACAACCAAUAGGUGACUCCCAUGAUUCGUGUGAACCUCACAUAUCGGUGCAUCAAAUCGAAGCAAAUGGCGCCGUACCACCCUCGUCUCCCAUAUGCUUCGGCGAGAUGGCAAACACACCUUGUUUAAUGGAUCCUUCUAUUUGCAAAAGUACUGAAGUGCUCAAAUUACCGCAUCUAGGUGAAACUUUAGCUCAAAAUUCGCAAAAUUAUAUAAAACGAUUCUUAGGGACAUCCAAGGAUACCUUGCCGGAUUCAGUCAAUCAUGAAUCCUCAAAAGAUGGGCAACAGUGGGGAAGCAUUUUUAUAGAAUUUUGUGUGUGCUACAUAUUGGGUACUAAGCCUUAA